AAAAUGAGCCCAUUAGAAGCCCAACCCGAACCAACGACAUUUUGUAAAACCCUACACAUAGAAUUACACUUUUUUCAAAGCAUAAGGUUUCGAAAAUCAAGCUCUGCAGAAUCGCAUAGAAGCAGCCUCCAUAGUUCACCAUGCCAAAAUCCAAGAGAAACAAGCAAGUUACACUUUCAAAGACAACGAAAAAGGGAAGAGGCCACAAAGAAGUGAUUAUUAACGCAAUAAGAGAUGCAGCUGAAAAAUUCAAUUCGGUUUACGUUUUUUCUUUUGAGAAUAUGAGGAAUAAGAAACUGAAAGAGUUUAGAGAUGAGUUGAAAGCAACUAGUAGAUUUUUUCUUGGAUCUAACAAAGUAAUGCAAGUUGCUCUGGGUCGUUCUGCUUCUGAUGAAAUUAAACCUAAUCUCUAUAAAGUUUCAAAGUUAUUGCGUGGAGAUGCUGGAAUGGUUUUUACUAAUAUUCCUAAAGAAGAAGUUGAGAGGCUGUUUAAUGAAUUUGAGGAAUUUGAUUUUGCAAGAACAGGAGGCAUUGCCACAGAAAAGGUGGAACUCAAGGAAGGUCCUUUAGACCAGUUCACACAUGAGAUGGAACCUUUUCUGCGGAAGCAAGGCAUGCCUGUUCGGUUAAAUAAAGGAGUCGUGGAGCUUGUUUCUGAUUUUGUUGUUUGCGAGGAAGGAAAGCCUUUGUCACCUGAAGCAGCUCGCAUACUGCGUUUGAUGGGAGUCAAGAUGGCUACGUUUAAACUGAACCUUAUUUGCAGGUGGAGUGCUGAUGAUUUUGAACUCUACAUUGAUGGACCCGGCGAUUCAGAUGUUGAAUGCUCAUAGUAAAUGACUGAGAAUGUUGAAGAUGAAAUCUACAAGUUUGAUGUAGUAUUGGAGUUUAUUUAGAAAAUGUAUGUUUAGGAGAGUUGAUGAAUGUAUUUUUAGCAGGGAAGUGGCAUGUAUGGUCCGUUACUUAAAAUCCAAAUUUUGUGAACUAGAAAUAUUUUUGUUACUAAUAUUCAAUAUUUCAAUUUAUCAAGUUGCAAACAA